AUGACGAUUAAGCCCGGAAACUAUAGGAUACAGAACGUCGGUACCGGGACCUAUGUGGAUCUGGCCGGCGGGUCGAGUGCCCAGGACACCAAGGUUCAGGGCUAUACGAACGCCGAGAAUUUGAAUCAGCUCGUAAGACACAAUGAGCACAGAUAUUGGCAAUUUGAGAAGGUUGGCGACAACAAAUGGAAGAUCCUGAACGCUGCAAGCGGCACAUAUAUCCUUGCUCCGGUCCACGCCAUCAAUCAGGCUGUCGUCGGCGGCACGCCUCCGGAUGUGUUCACGUUCAUCGACUCCGACGGGUCGUACCAGAUCAAACUCGUCGACGAGUCUCUUGUGCUGUACCUCGGCAGCAGUGAAGAUACUACCCCGGUCGUCCUCCAGGCCGCCGACGGCGGUGACAACAACCAGUUCUGGUACCUGCACCCGGUUCAAGCUUGA